GCAUUUACAUGUAAGCAAUGUCAGUCAUGUGCGAGCAACAUUGUAGUGAAAUUGGUGAAUCGAAGUGAAUUUAACAGUAAAACAAUUUCAACAUAUGUGAGGGUGAAAAGAGGAUGUUAGAAUUCGAGUCAACGACUUCUUUAGGGGACAAUUAUUUUCACAGUUUCACGUGUCAAUAAUUAAUCAAAUAGUCUUUACGGAGUGUUUUCGUUCAAGAUUCCCUGAAGCCACAAUCAAAAUGCGGAGUCGAAGCAACUCAGGCGUUCGCCUGGGCUAUUAUCAGCGAGCAGUCGCCAGAAUUAUCAUGAAUCAUCAAAACCCAGUAACAGGACUUUUCCCGGCAAGUCCCGACAAUGAUCACGCCUGGAUUCGCGACAACGUCUACACAAUUCUCGCCGUUUGGGGCCUCUCAAUGGCCUACAAAAAAAUAGCAGAUGCAGACGAGGAGAGAGCAAAAACGUACGAACUCGAACAAAGCUGCGUAAAAUUAAUGAGAGGAUUAUUGAUGGCAAUGAUGCAACAAAAAGACAAAGUCGAAAAGUUCAAGUCCACUCAAAAUCCUCUCGACGCUCUUCAUGCCAAGUACAGUUCCGCAACUGGACAAAGUGUUGUCGGCGAUGCUGAAUGGGGACAUCUUCAAAUUGAUGCUGUUUCCCUCUAUCUUCUCAUUUUAGCACAGAUGACUGCUUCCGGUCUUCAGAUAGUUUUCAAUCUCGACGAAGUGGCCUUCAUUCAGAAUUUAGUUUUUUACAUUGAAGCGGCAUAUUGUACGCCUGAUUAUGGAAUGUGGGAGCGAGGAGACAAAACGAAUCACGGAUUGCCGGAAUUAAACGCAAGCAGUAUUGGAAUGGCAAAAGCAGCGAUGGAAGCUAUGAAUGACUUGGAUCUUUUUGGGGCGAGAGGAGGUCAAACUUCCGUGAUUCACGUUUUGGCUGAUGAGGCUCAAAAGUGUCAGGCUGUUCUCGAAUCCAUGCUGCCGAGGGAAUCCAAUUCGAAGGAACUUGAUAGUGGACUUUUGUCCAUUAUUAGUUUUCCGGCCUUUGCCGUCGAUGAACCUCAUUUGAUUCAACUCACGAGGGACGCAGUCACGAAAAAGUUGCAAGGAAGGUUUGGGUGCAAGAGGUUUUUGAGGGAUGGACAUCGAACUCCCAAAGAAGAUCCUAAUAGAUUAUACUAUGAGCCCUGGGAAUUAAGAAUGUUCGAGAGUAUCGAAUGCGAAUGGCCCCUAUUCUUCUGUUAUUUAAUCUUAGAUUACUGCUUCCAAGGAAAUAAGGAAUUAAUCGAAGAGUACACAAACAAAUUAGAGAAAAUAACUAUUAAAACUGAUGAUGGAAUGAGGCUAGUUCCAGAAUUGUAUGCGGUUGGAGCUGACAAUGUAGCAGCCGAAUAUGCAGAUCCUGGUAGCCAAGAAAGAGAAGCCUUAGGCAGAUCUCCCUUCAUGUGGGGCCAAUCCUUGUAUAUUUUAGGCAAAUUGCUCCGAGAGGGUUUUUUAGCAGUUGGUGAAUUAGAUCCUCUCAAUCGAAGACUCUGCAGCGAGAAGAAACCCGAUGUUGUGGUCCAGGUUGUAAUUCUUGCAGAAGAUGCGGAAAUUAGAGAUAAAAUUGCUCAGCACGAUAUUCAUGUUCAAACAAUCGCUGAAGUUGCUCCUACCGAAGUUCAACCAGCAAAAGUUCUCAGCCAUCUCUAUACAUAUCUAGGUAGGAACAAGAAGCUCGGAUUGUCCGGCAGAAACUCUCGAGAUGUGGGGAUCCUAAGUACGAGUAAACUUUACUCCCUGCAUGAUAAGAUAUUUGCCUUCACUCCCCAGUUGACAGACAUGACCCGCUUCUACAUCGCAUCGGACUAUGAGCUCAUGAUUGACAUAUUCAAAGGCGAAAUUAAUUUCUUGAAGUCUAGCUGGCAGAAUAUGUUAGGCCGUCCACUUGUGGUCAUGCCCCUCAAGAAUAUCCACCUAGAUCAGGGAAAGAUCCCACUCGCGAUGAUCACGACGAUGAAGAAACUGAAGAGUGGAUACAUCAAUGGCACUCGUGUGUCUUUGGGAAAUCUGAAUGAGUUUCUCAGCACGUCUUGUAUCACGAACUUGAGUUUCCUCGGAAGCGCUGAGGAUGGACGACCCGACAAAUUAAAUCCCCAGGUACAACAGUAUUUGGAUGAGCAUCUAAUGAAGGGUUUCCCUCAUCGAAUAAGCCUUUUGAAUCGUACAGCCGUAAAAAGCACGAAGAAUUUGAAACGCAGAGUGUCAGUGAAGGGCGCUAUAAAAAAAACGAGAUCGAUAGCCGUCGAACCUGCGGCUUCCGUCAGCCUAACAGAACCUGAAAUUCUUGGAAUGGCUGGAGAAGAUCGAAGAGCCUCGACUAUUUCAACAGCGAAUCCUUUCAUCGAAGUGACAGACACUUCCCUAUCUCCCGCUGCGAAACCAGCGCCUAUCUCAGAACGGACACCAUCGCCAACAGAAGAUAUGUUCCCCUGGAAAUAUUCACCAAGGCCUCACAGACAUCGACUUAAUUCUGAGACUCAAUACGCUGAUACGGAAGUUGAAGAAUUGAUGUCUAUGUUGCGGGAAGCGGAAAGUCUUGAGGAACAGGGCGACAUCUUACAGUAUUUGGUUGACACUCAAGGCCUCGGUUUCGAUACCGGUAUGUUGGAAGACGGCCAUGUAGUUCUGUUGAAAGAUUUGCUAAAAGGUUUGUACGAGAAAGCCUGUCAGCAAAAAAUGUGGGGCAUUGUUCGCCACGCCGCCGGAAUGUUAGGAAAACGAGUGGAAGACCUGGCAAAGGCUGUGACGGAUCUUCUUGUUCGGCAGAAACAGGUUACAGUUGGAAUGCCUCCUGCUAACGAGCAGACAAUUGUUGCUCCUUUGCCAGAAAAUGAAUUACGAUCUUUGAUUCAUCAGGCCUAUGGAGAUGACGAGUCAACUGCAAUGUUGACACAAGAAUUGCUCGUCUAUCUCGCCAUGUUCAUCAGAACAGAGCCACAACUUUUCCAUGAAAUGCUGAGGCUCAGAGUUGGAUUAAUUAUACAAGUUAUGGCCACAGAAUUGUCGAGGACUCUCAUAUGCAAUGGAGAAGAGGCUUCUGAACAUUUACUCAAUCUCUCGCCUUUUGAAAUGAAAAAUUUACUCCAUCAUAUCAUGAGUGGAAAGGAAUUCGCAAUCAGCAGCGUUGGUCGUGGCAAUUUCUCAGUGAUAAGUUGCAAGUCUGGAAAAGUCAGCAAGAAAUCGCAAAUCGGAGGAUUUUUGAAUUCAGAUGAGGGGGAAAUUGAACCUGAUAGGCAAGGACAAUGGUUAAGAAGGCGAAGACUCGACGGAGCUUUGAACAGAGUUCCGAGAGACUUCUAUCCUCGAGUCUGGCAGGUUUUAGAAAGAUGCCAAGGGUUAGCUAUCGAUGGCAAACUUCUGCAGCAAAACCUCACACAGGAAAUGACACCUGGUGAAUUGAAAUUCGCACUAGCUGUUGAGACCUUUCUGAACACAAUUCCCCAACCGGAAUAUCGUCAACUCGUGGUCGAAGCUCUGAUGGUUUUGACUCUAGUGACUGAGUACAAUUUAGCUCCUUCCCUAGGAGGCAUCAUCGCCGUGGAGGAUUUAGUUCACAAGGCAAACGCUAUUUUUCUAGAAGAUCAGAUGAGAAUAGACGGAGAUGCAACUCUCUGUUGCGCAAAGCCUAAGGAUCAACGGGAAAUAAACUCGACAGGGAUGUUGCUCUGCGGUGGCGCUGCAUACGUUUGUCAACAUUUCUACGACAGCGCCCCCAGCGGAAGUUUUGGAACAAUGACUUACAUCACGAGAGCCAUCGCUUCUCUCCUAGACUGUUUUCCUAAAGAUCACGACAUAGAGUGUUCAAUAUCGUAGAUAAUUUACCCCUAAGAAAAAGAGUGUGCACUAGUUCAUUUCUUUGGGAACUGCUUGUAUAAAAUGUCAAUUUUCACAAUUCGCAGAAUGUAGCGUGUUUGAAUUCGGGAGCGUAGAUAAAUGUGUGAAUAAUGAAUUCAAUCAUGUGACUGUUAAUGACAAAUAAUAAAUAUAAAUAAGAGAAAUGUA